AUGUUGGUCAUUUUCUUGAUCCUCCACAAAUAUCUAAGCUUUUUUACCAAUCCAUUUGCCAGACGAAUUGAAGAAGAAAAAGAAGAACCUCCGAUUCAAAAAUUGCCAUUCGAAGUUCUUGGAGCCAUUUUUCAAAAGGUAAGCUUUUAGAAGAUUUCAUUUCCAAUUGAAAUGUUUUUCAGCUUGAAUACGAAGAUGUUCAAAAUUUGAAAAACUCAUCAAAGUUUCUAUUUGAUGCCCAUGAAUUAGAACGUUGGAUGAUUUCUGGUCCAAAAUGUAAUGCCAAAGUGUAUUAUAACAAAAAUAAGGAACUUCGAUUAGAAAUAACAAUUUUCGUUAAAGUUCCAUGGAUAAGAAUACUUCCAUUCAAAAGAACAAUUGAAUUGACAAGAACUAUUCCAUUUGAUCAAUGGAAUUAUUAUUUCAAAAAUGCAAAGUGCAAAGAAUUAAGAAUGAUUGUAGAAGAAGAUGAAAUUCCAUUGGAAAUUUUGAAGAAAAUUAUUUGCUGUAAAUCGAUUGAGAGAUUAACCUAUUCCGGAAAAUCAAUCAAUCAGAUGUCUAUUGAUCUUCUUGCUGCAUAUAAUCCUCAGUUUUUUGAAAUUGUUGUUGAUGGUUGGAAUUUCAUAAUAUUGCAAUUGGUUAAUGUCAACUAUACAUUCGUUAUGAUUGAAUGGCUUAAAAAUAUUGAUGAUAUUUUUGAAGCAAUCAAAUUCACUUAUGAUACGAUUAUUAGUUUAAAUCCGGAAAUUUAUGAGAAAAACGAGGAUUCUUUGAUGGUGAGUUUCACAGCUUAA